AUAAGUUUGGUAAUAAAUUUCAUGAAAUUCAGAAGAGAAGAUGAAGAAUAUGCAUAUGCAAUGUGUGAUGGAAUAUUGCAUAUAAAAAGGGUGAGGUUCUCAAUGAACUGGAGUCUUUUUUUUUUGUUUUUUGGUGUUGACCGAAGAGAAACAGCUUUUCCAGGUUGGUGGGUUCAAGUGUAGCAAAUCAAAAUCAUGUCAUUGGCAGCCGACACAUUCUUCAAUAAAUAUUUACUCCAAAAGAAUACAACCCCACAGCACAACUCAGAUCAUAUGCAUAUGCUCACCCCAGUUUGAUUCCUCUGCGUCCCUUUUCAUUUCAAAUAUCUGAUUUAUGUUCUUUCUCUUCUGCGCAAUUUCUUCGUUCGAGGAGCAAAAUUCAAAGUUUUACAUCUGUCGGCUUUCAUGUGGGGGCCCUGUUUCUGGGUCUAAUUUUGCCAUCAAAAUUGCUGAAAACUUUGAACUGCUACUUCUUCUUGAAUAACGAAAAAUAAAAAAAACCACUUCAGACGGCCAUGAAAUCUCAGGAUGGAAGUUGUUUCAGCAGUUUUAAGACAGAAAGAGCUAGAGCUUGGAGGACUGAUUGAAAAUAACAAGAAAGCUGAGGAUUGGAUGUGAGUAUUGAAACUAAAAGAGCAAAGGUGAGGUUUUGGACAUUUAUUGGAAUUGUCAAAUCAGAGAACAAUUACUUUAAUCCUAAUCAUGGACAGACAUGAUGAUUUAGGGAGAAGUCUGCCUGUUAAUAUAUUGUGAUAUAACUGUAAAGGACAUGAAUGACAAAAUUUUAAAGAGAGAGAGAGAAGAAAAGGAAAAGGUAAAGUAAAACGUUUUCGAAGAUCUCAUUGACCAUUUUUGUAUGUGCCCUUUUGGCAAUUAUCAUUUAUCAUCACAAACAGCUAAUUGUCCCGUUAAAAUCUGCCACAACCCAGAAACUCUCUGCUGUAACAGGAAAAAUGGAUCGUCUUCAGCUGCAAUGGGUUGCUCUUACGCUCUCCAUUAUGACACUCUCUGAAGCUUGCCACCCCACAGAUUGGAGAGCUCUAACCAGUUUCAAGUCUGGAAUUUUCCUCGACACUUCUGGCAGGCUUUCGAAGUGGGUCGGCCGAAACUGUUGCGAUUGGGAAGGAAUUUCUUGUCACAAUUCCACAGGCAGAGUCAAGGAAAUCAAUUUGCCAGGCUUUAUAUCCACUGGUGACCUCCCCUUUCAGUCUGAGAUGAGAGGCUAUCUUUCAGCUUCAAUAACAUUGCUCAAUGCUGUUGAGAUCAUUGAUCUUGGAGGGCUCGUUGGCCUCUGUGGAACGAUCCCUUCAUUUAUCGGUGUGCGACUCCGCAACCUUCGGAAGCUCUAUCUUUAUGGCAACAAAAUGAGAGGUCCACUCCCUGAAAGCAUAGGUAAGCUUAUGAAACUUGAAGAACUAGCUGUGCAUGAUAAUAGGCUGUCUGGUUCCCUCCCUGCAAGUCUUGGCAGUCUUAAGUCUCUCCAUAGCCUUCUUCUCUAUGGAAAUCGGUUUUCGGGUGCAAUACCGGAUUCAUUUGUGAAUCUUACUAACUUGGUUCAGAUGGACUUACACAGCAACUCAUUUAAUGGUCACAUACCUGAGAGAAUUGGUCAGUUGCAGUCGUUGAAAGAGCUUGAUCUUUCAGACAACUUCUUGAGYGGGAAAAUUCCCCUUUCUUUUACUAAUUUGACAGCCCUUUCGGUUUUGUAUUUGGAUAAUAACAAUCUAGAAGGAGCAAUUCCAUUUGGAUCAGUUACUGGCCAGAUCCCUUCUCUUGCUUUUCUUAGACUGAAUGGUAACUGUUUAAGUGGCAAAAUACCUUCCAGUUUUGGAGAGCUAGUGUUUCUCAAAAGAGCUUCACUUUCAAACAACAAACUUGAGGGCACAAUUCCAUCUUCUUUAGGAAAUUUAUCAUCUUUGGCAGAGUUGUAUCUCGACAGCAACCGAUUAUCCGGCCGAAUACCGGAAUCAUUUGGGCAACUUUCUCAGCUCAUUCUCCUGAAUCUCUCUCACAAUUCCAUAAAAGGGCCAUUGCCUGAGAUGUCUUCUCUCCAGAAUAUUCAAUCCAUUGAUCUUUCUUUCAACCUUCUGAACCUGUCCUCCAUUCCCCAUUGGAUGGCAGAACUGCGCUCUCUUUCUAAAAUAUAUCUUGCAGGGUGCGGAAUCCAUGGCCAGAUUCCAGAGUUCUUGCGAACAACUCCAAGUCCAAUACAGGAACUGGAUCUUUCCGCUAACCAUCUUACUGGGAGAAUUCCAGAAUGGAUUGGCAGCCUCGCUCGGCUCUAUUCACUAAAACUAUCAGAAAACUCACUGGUCUCCGUGAUUCCCGAUUCAGUUACAAAUUUACAGGACUUGGGUGUGCUCGAUCUCCAUUCGAACAAGUUAACGGGCAACAUACGACAGGUUUUCAAGAUAGGACACAGAUUUCCAGAUGGUUCUUUAACAUACAUUGAUCUUUCAGACAAUAGCUUCUCUGGGGACUUUGAUCAAACAGAUGUCGGGCAGCAACGUGCGAUCCAUUUUCUCAACUUGUCGCAUAACAAUCUGAAAGGUAGAUUACCCACUUCAAUCGGAACACUGACAUCGAUUCGAAGCCUGGAUUUGAGCCGUAACAACUUGGGCUUCGAUUUGCCAGAGGCCCUAGUGAAUGCAAACCUAUUAGAGACGCUGAAGCUGCAAAGAAACCAUUUUACAGGAAAAAUACCGAAAGAGUUUCUGAAGCUGCGCAGGUUGAAGGAACUGGAUUUGUCAGAUAAUUUGUUAGUGGGAGAAAUUCCAGCGGGUAAGCCACUGAGUGAUUUUCCCCGAAGCACUUAUAUGGGUAACAAAGGUUUGUGUGGAAAGCCCCUAAGCCCAUGUAAGCUUUGAAGGAGGAGAAGAUGAAUUGAAAUAUAUUAUAGCCUAAACAGUGUUAAAUUAUCCAUCUUUUUCAAUCAAAUAGAUUUAACCCAAAUGUCAUAUCUGAUAAGGGAAGGGGGGAACAUCUGCCAGUAGAAGUGGAGCAAAAAAAA